GCUGGCAGGCAGGCAGGGUGCCGCCGCGCGGAGAUUGUUAACCGGCUCAGAUCGCGCAUCCACCCCACCAAGCCUGCUCGCAUCGGCUGCAACCCCCCUCCCACCCACACUCUCUCUCACUCUCUCAUCUCCUUUCCACUCUACUCUCCUCCUCUCUCUCAUCAACAAAAGGGUUAGACAAGACACUUGGACUGCAUAGAGCGCACAGUCCUCUCAUCUUUUAUUCCCCUUCUUGUAAACUACUAGCGACCCACGACCCAAACCACCGCCUGUCCCGAUCUCUCACAGCGUCAUCGGCAACCAGCGGCCUUCCCCCCAGCCAAUCUAGUCCGCCAACCACUCUCGGCCCCCUUUACUGGGUUUGCUCUUCACAAGCCUAGAGCUACAAGCCCACCAUGACCUCUGCCGCUCCUCAAAGCGCCCCGGUCAACGGUGACCAGUACGACCAUGCUCGCGUCGCCCAAUUUAUUGGCGCCAACGCGAUCGACACGGCUCCCUCUGGCCUCGUGACCGACUUCGUCAAGGGCCACGGAGGCCACACUGUUAUUACAAAGGUGCUCAUUGCCAACAAUGGUAUUGCCGCCGUUAAGGAAAUCCGUUCCAUCCGCAAGUGGUCUUACGAGACCUUUGGCUCCGACCGCCAGAUCGAGUUCACGGUCAUGGCUACCCCCGAAGACUUGCGCAUCAACGCCGAGUACAUUCGCAUGGCCGACCGCUAUGUCGAGGUCCCUGGUGGUAGCAACAACAACAACUACGCCAACGUUGACUUUAUCGUCGAUGUUGCCCAGCGUGCUGGUGUGCACGCUGUUUGGGCUGGCUGGGGACACGCCUCGGAGAACCCCCGUCUUCCCGAGACUCUGGCCAAGUCCAAGAUCAUCUUCAUCGGCCCUCCCGGUUCGGCCAUGCGCUCGCUUGGUGACAAGAUUUCGUCCACCAUCGUCGCCCAGUCCGCCGAGGUUCCUUGCAUGCCCUGGUCCGGUACCGGCAUCACGGACACUAUCCUGUCCGACCAAGGCUUCAUGACCGUUCCUGACAAGGCGUACGACGAUGCCUGUGUCCACGACUGGGAGGAGGGUCUUGACCGCGCCAAGCGCAUCACCUUCCCCGUCAUGAUCAAGGCCUCUGAGGGUGGUGGCGGAAAGGGUAUCCGUAUGGUUGACGACGAGGAGAAGUUCAAGGGCGCCUUCCAGGCCGUCGCUUCCGAGGUUCCUGGAUCGCCCAUCUUUAUCAUGAAGCUUGCUUCUGCCGCCCGCCAUCUCGAGGUCCAGCUUAUUGCCGACCAGUAUGGCAACGCCAUCUCGCUUUUCGGCCGUGACUGCUCGGUCCAGCGUCGUCACCAGAAGAUCAUCGAGGAGGCUCCUGUCACCAUUGCCCGUCCCGAGAAGUUCGAGGAGAUGGAGAAGGCCGCCGUCCGUCUCGCCAAGCUUGUUGGCUACGUCUCUGCCGGUACCGUGGAGUACCUCUACUCGCACGUCGAUGACAAGUUCUACUUCCUCGAGCUCAACCCCCGUCUCCAGGUCGAGCACCCCACUACCGAGAUGGUCUCGGGAUGCAACAUCCCCGCCAUUCAGCUCCAGAUCGCCAUGGGUAUCCCCCUCCACCAGAUCCGCGACAUCCGUACUCUCUACGGCCUCGACCCCCACGGCGUCACCGAGAUCGACUUCGAGGGCGACAAGCCCGAGUCUGCGCACACCCAGCGCAAGCCUCGCCCCAAGGGCCACGUUAUCGCCUGUCGUAUCACUGGCGAGAACCCCGACGCCGGCUUCAAGCCCUCCUCGGGUGCUCUUACCGAGCUCAACUUCCGCUCCAACUCGAACGUCUGGGGUUACUUCUCGGUCAACGCUGCCGGUGGUCUCCACGAGUACGCCGACUCGCAGUUCGGCCACAUUUUCGCCUACGGCAUGGAGCGUAGCGAGGCCCGCAAGUCGAUGGUCGUCGCUCUCAAGGAGCUUAGCAUUCGUGGUGAAUUCCGCACCACUGUCGAGUACCUUAUCAAGCUGCUCGAGAAGCCCGAGUUUGAGAACAACACUCUCACCACUCAGUGGCUCGACGGCCUUAUCGCUGAGGGCAUGACCUCGGAGCGUCCCGACACGACCCUCUCCGUCAUCUGCGGUGCCGUCGUCAAGGCUCACGUCGCCUACGAGGCGUCGGUUGCCAAGUUCAAGUCGGUCCUCGACCGCGGUCAGGUUCCCACCAAGGACACUCUCCAGACCUUCUUCAAGACCGAGUUCAUUUACGACGAUGUUCGUUACUCGUUUGCCAUGGCCAAGUCUGCUCCUCUGCAGUUCACCCUCUACCUCAACGGUGGCCGCAUCUUUGUCGGAUGCCGCCCGCUCAGCGACGGCGGUCUCCUCAUCUCGCUCGAGGGUGCUUCGCACACUGUCUACUUCCGUGAGGAGGUCGGCGCCAUGGUCAUCUCGAUCGACUCCAAGACCACCAUGAUUGAGGACGAGCGUGACCCCACGCAGCUCCGCUCCCCCUCGCCUGGUAAGCUCGUCCGCUUCCUCGUGGAGUCGGGCGACCACGUCGACGCUGGCGACGCCUACGCCGAGAUCGAGGUCAUGAAGAUGAUCAUGCCCGUUACCGCCGGUGAGAGCGGUAUUGUCCAGUUCAUGAAGCAGCCUGGUCAGCAACUCGCCCAGGGUGAGCUCCUCGGUAUCCUCACCCUCGACGACCCCUCCAAGGUCAAGUUUGCCCGUCCCUUCGACGGCAUCCUCCCCACCUUCGAGCUCAAGAACGGCCGCUACGGAACCAAGCCCCACCAGCGCCUCCGCGAGCACCUCGAGGUUGUCUACGACAACCUUGCUGGCUUCGACAACAGCGCCGCUGUUCUCCCCUCGCUCCGCACCGUCGAGUCCUCGCUCCAGGACCCCGAGCUUCCCUAUUCGAACGCUCACGACGUCCUCUCGACCCUCAGCGGCCGUAUCCCCCAGAAGCUCGAGGACGAGAUCCGCGCCCAGAUCGAGACUUGCCACAACUCCAAGCUCGAGUUCCCCUCCAACAAGCUCAAGCGCAUCAUUCAGAUCUACGUCGACGAGAACGUGCCCUUCAAGGAGCGCCAGGCUGUCAUCAACGCCAUCGCGCCUCUUCAGACUCUGAUCGACGCGUUCGCCAACGGCCUCAAGGUCCACGAGUGGCAGAUCUACGCCGACCUCCUCAACUACUUCACCGAGGUUGAGGAGCCGUUCGCCGACCAGAGCCGCACCCAGGAGGAGAUUAUUCUCAAGCUCCGCGAGGACAACAAGGACCUCGACAACGUUGUCAAGCUCGUCCUCUCGCACUCCAAGGUUGCCUCCAAGACCAAGCUUGUUCUUGCUCUCCUCGACCUUAUCAAGGCCGAGCCUAAGGCGUCUACCACCCCCGAGAGCGGUGUCUCCAAGGCCCUCAACCGCAUGGCCGAGCUCGACAGCCGCCCCACUUCCAAGGCUGCCCUCAAGGCCAAGGAGGUCCUCAUCGUUGGCUCGCUCCCUAGCUACGAGGAGCGUCUCAUCCAGCUCGAGCAGAUCCUCAAGUCGUCGGUCACCACUAGCUACUACGGCGAGUCUGGCAGCGGCCACCGCCUGCCCUCGAGCGACCUCCUCAAGGAGGUCACCGACUCGAAGCACACCGUCUUCGAUGUCCUGUCGAACUUCUUCGACUACAAGGACCCUUGGGUUGUCCUCGCUGCUCUCGAGGUCUACGUUCGCCGCGCUUACCGCGUCUACAACGUCAUGCACCUCGACUACGAGCCCGCUGCCCAGGCUGGUGACUCGAACAUUGUCACCUGGAGAUUCAAGAUGGGUGGCCCCGGCCUCGAGUCGGCCACCCCCCGCGUUGACUCUUCGCGCGACAUCACCCGCAUUGCCAGCAUGAGCGACCUCAACUUCCUCGUUCACUCCAAGCAGGAGCCUGUGCGCUUCGGUCUUAUCUCGUCGUUCAACACCAUCCCGGACCUCAACAAGGGCUUCGCCGGCCUCCUCGCCCGCUACCCCGCGUUCAACAUCCAGGAGUUCUCCGAGAAGUACGGCAAGGACGCCCGCAAGCCCCACGUCCUCAACGUUGCCCUCCGCCUCUUCAACGGCAACAGCGGUGCCACCGACGCCGAGCUCCGCGAGCAGGUCACGACUCUUGUCAACGAGCACAAGGACGCUGUCAACGGCAUUGGAGUUCGUCGUAUCUCGUUCGUCUUCUGCCGCAAGGACCAGUACCCUUCGUACGUCACCCUCCGUGAGCUCACGGACGGCUCUGGCGGCUGGAAGGAGGAGGAGUCUAUCCGUAACAUUGAGCCCGCUCUUGCCUACCAGCUCGAGCUUGGACGUCUCUCCAACUUCAAGAUCACCCCCCAGCCCUCGGGCAACAGACAGAUUCACGUCUACCGUGCCGUUGGCCGCGAGAACACUUCGGACGUGCGCUUCUUUGUCCGCGCUCUUCUCCGUCCCGGCCGCUUUGUCGGCACGAUGAAGCAGACCGAGUACCUCAUCUCGGAGACCGACCGUCUUGUCGGCGACAUUCUCGACACCCUCGAGGUCGCUGCCGCCGAGUACCGCCAGGCCGACUGCAACCACAUCAGCGUCAACUGCGUCUACGCGCUCAACGUCACCUUUGACGACGUCCAGGAGGCCCUCGCGGGCUUCAUUGAGCGCCACGGCAAGCGUCUCUGGCGUCUCCGCGUUACCCAGGCCGAGAUCCGUGUCGUCAUCGAGGACGACGAGGGCAACGUUCUCCCCGUUCGUGCCUUCAUUGAGAACGUCUCGGGCUUCGUCGUCAAGUACGAGGCCUACCAGGAGGUCACCAACGAGAAGGGCAAGACCAUCCUCAAGUCGAUUGGCGAACAGGGCCAGUUCCACCUCCAGCCCGUCAACUUCCCCUACUCGACCAAGGAGUCGCUCCAGCCCCGCCGUUACCAGGCUCACAUCAUCGGCACCACCUAUGUCUACGACUUCCCCGACCUCUUCCGUCAGGCCGUCGACAAGGCCUGGCACCAGGUUCAGCAGCAGCUCCCCAACGUCAAGAUCCCCUCGGACCUCCUCACCGCGUCCGAGCUUGUUCUUGACGAGCAUGGAGAGCUUGUUGAGGUCAACCGCCCCCCUGGCCUCAACUCGGCUGGUAUGGUCGCCUGGGUCUACACCAUCAAGACUCCUGAGUACCCCAAGGGCCGUCGCAUCGUCGUCAUCUCGAACGACAUUACGUUCCAGAUCGGUUCGUUCGGUCCCCUCGAGGACGAGUACUUCUACAAGGCUACCCAGUACGCCCGCAAGCACGGUCUCCCCCGUGUCUACCUUUCGGCCAACUCGGGUGCCCGUAUCGGUCUCGCCGACGAGGUCAUGGCCCUCUUCGAGGUUGCCUGGAAGGACGCUAGCAAGCCCGAGAAGGGCUUCGACUACCUCUACCUCACUCCCGCUGGCCUUGACAAGCUCAACGCCAUGGGUGAGGGCUCUGUGAUCACCGACGAGAUCGAGGUCAACGGCGAGCGCCGCCACAAGAUCACUGCCAUCAUUGGUCUCAAGGACGGCCUUGGUGUCGAGUGUCUCCGUGGCUCGGGUCUCAUUGCUGGUGAGACGUCGCGUGCCUACGACGACAUCUUCACCAUCUCCAUGGUCACUGCUCGUUCCGUCGGUAUCGGUGCCUACCUUGUUCGUCUCGGCCAGCGUGUCGUCCAGGUUGAGGGCCAGCCCAUCAUCCUCACUGGUGCCCAGGCCAUCAACAAGGUUCUCGGCAAGGAGGUCUACACUUCCAACAUCCAGCUUGGUGGUCCCCAGAUCAUGUACCGCAACGGUAUCUCGCACUUGACUGCGGGCAGCGACCUUGACGGUGCUCUCCAGAUCAUCAACUACCUCACCUUUAUCCCUGCCAAGCGUGGUUCGGCCAUCCCCAUCCUCCCCACUGGCGACACCUGGGACCGUGACGUCGACUGGACGCCUACCAAGGCUCCUUACGACCCCCGCAACUUCCUUGCCGGUGUUGUCGACGACAACAACACCUUCCAGACCGGUAUCCUGGACGAGGGCUCGUUCUUCGAGACGAUGGGUGGCUGGGCCCAGACCAUUGUCACUGGCCGUGGUCGCAUCAACGGUAUCCCCGUUGCCGUCAUUGCCGCCGAGACCCGCACCAUUGAGCGUGUCGACCCUGCCGACCCCGCCAACGAGAACUCGACCGAGAGCCGUGUCGCGCUUGCGGGUACCGUCUGGUUCCCCGACAGCUCGCGCAAGACUGCUACUGCUAUCGAGGACGCCAACCGCGAGGGCCUGCCGCUCAUCAUCUUCGCCAACUUCCGUGGCUUCUCGGGUGGUAUGUCGGACAUGGCCCAGGCUAUCCUCAAGGAGGGUGCCAAGAUUGUCGACGGCCUGAGCAGCUACAAGCACCCCGUGAUCGUCUACCUUGUGCCCAACGGAGAGCUCCGUGGUGGUGCCUGGGUCGUGCUCGACCCCUCGAUCAACCCCGAGUACAUGACCAUGUUUGUCGACAACGAGUCGCGUGGUGGUGUCCUCGAGCCCGAGGGUAUUGUCGAGGUCAAGUACCGCAAGCCCCGUAUCCAGGCGACCAUGGCUCGUCUCGACCCCGAGUACGCCUCGCUCAAGGCCGAAGUCGAGGCCGCUGCCAACCCCGAGGCCAAGGCUCUUGCCCAGGCCAAGCUCGAGGCUCGCGAGAAGCACCUCGGCCCCUCGUACCACUCGAUUGCCACCGAGUUUGCCGACCUUCACGACCGCUCUGGCCGCAUGAAGGCCAAGGCCGACUGUGUGCCCUGCGACUGGCAGAACGCUCGUCGUGCGCUCUACUGGUCGCUCAGACGCAAGCUCAGCGAGGUCCGCGUCCUCAAGAAGCUGUCGACUGCCAACCCCAACCUCGAGUACGCCGAGCGCAAGGCUCUGUACCAGCAGCUCGUUCCCCCCGAGCUCUCGUCCGACAGCGAGAUUGCUGGCUUCCUCGAGAAGUCUGGCGACUCGAUCGACGAUUUUGUGCAGAGCGUUCGCGACGAGUACUGCGCCGACAAUGUCGUGUCGUGGGCUUCGACCAACCAGCGCGGUGUUCUCGAGGGCUUCCAGCGUAUCCUCGACUCGCUCGCCCCUGCGGACCGCGCCGCGUUCCUCGCGCAGAUCUCGCAGCAAUAAGUGUCUCGCAUAGAAUGUGCUCUGUAGGAAGGAGGCUUCUGCCUCCUCUUGUGUCAUUACCGUCCGUUUGCAUUUCGUAGUCCGAAUUCAUAGACUUAUAUACAGCUUGCUCCUAGUUAGGGGAAUGCAAGUUUGCAGUGAAA